GUACCCUACAUACUCCGCCCCCCGCGGCAGCGCAGUGCCACGAAUCCUGUAGUGCUUCACUUUGGCAGACCGCGUACAACUCUCUUCCCCUGCCAGCUCCUCCUCCUUCCCGCCCACCGUCUUCUGUGACAGGAAACACACGGCAGCGCAAUGAUGAACUCUAACGAACCAAGCACCCCCGGUGUCGCGAACGUCUCGAUGAAGCUCAACGACGCGCAGCGGCAGUACCAGCAGCUCCUCGACCGCAUCACGCCGUUCGUCCUCUACAGAUGGCUCGGUUCUGCAGGACUUCUCUCGGUAUUUCUGCUGCGAAUUGUGUUUUCUCAAGGGUGGUAUAUUGACGCACACGCAAUAUACAUUCUCAACCUCCUCCUCGCCUUCCUGCAGCCAAAAUUCGACCCGUCUCUACAAGACGACCUGCUCGCGGACGAGAUCGAGGGGGGUGGCGAGGACUCGGGCGAGUCGCUGCCCUCCCAGCGCGACGACGAGUUCCGGCCGUUCGUGCGGCGGCUGCCAGAGUGGCAGUUCUGGCUGUCCUCGACGCGCGCGACGGUGAUCGCGCUGUUCUGCACGUUCUCGGAGGCGUUCGACGUGCCGGUCUACUGGCCGAUCCUCGUCAUAUACUUCUUCGUCCUCUUCGCGCUCACCAUGCGCAGGCAAAUACAACAUAUGAUCAAGUACAAGUACAUCCCCUUCGACAUCGGUCGGAAAGUACGCUAUGGCAGCCACUAGUAUAUGGGCUUAUUGGAUGGCGAGCGAUGGAUGGGGCCGAGGCGGCGGGCUGUGGGUCGGCUUUUUGCUUCCUGCGCACAUGUCAUUUCGAGAGAUAUGA